AUGGCUCCUGUCCGUCCCAGUUCCAAGGCCAAAAAGGCCGUCAAGACCAAGUCGCUUCCAGCAGACGCAAAGACCAAACCAACGAGCAGCUUGAACGACAGCCUAGCCUCCGAGUUCCCCAGCUCUAAAAAGGACAAACGGCUGAUAAAGCACUCUUCGUUCAUCUCAAAGAUCGAAAAGUCUCGCAAGAAGCCACUGAAGCGACGACGGCCGUCGAAGAAACUGAUCGCCAACCUAGACUCUCUUGCCAAUGCGCUCCCUGACGCCGGAGACGGUGACGAACCCGUCUCGACACAUACUAUCGAUGGAAACACUCAGGUUAACGUGAUUAGGCACAAGAGUCUGAAGCAUCGGCCCGGGGCCAUGAAGAGGAAGGAGAAGCUUGAUCGGAUGGAGCGUGACCGGUUUGCGAAGAACAUGGGACAGCUGGCUGCGGGAAUCAAGACCACUGACACGGAUAAUACGGCCAUGGAUGCUCAGCCGCCUGUCGAGAGUGGCGUUGAUGCUUCUGCUGCUACAGGAGGAGACUCCAGCUCUACAUCGGCUCGCUGGGCUGCCCUACGAAGCUUCAUUUCCCAGACCAUGGACCAGAACCCGGAAUUCAAGGGCGUCAAAUCGUGA